UGCCAAUGAUUAUGCUGCCCCGUGCCAGUGGUGGCACGCAUAGGGUUGCCGACCCCUGGUGUAUAGCUUUCAUGUCAGCAGCAGAAAUAGGCUACAUCUUAAGAAACUGGAUGUGUUACAAGCGCAGGCCUUGAGAAUCUGCAGUGGUUCAUUUAAAACGUCUCCAGUGUCAGCAAUGCAGGUUGAGAUGGGAGAAAUGCCUCUGAAAAUAAGAAGAAUCAAGUUAAUGCUUGCAUACUAGGUUAAUCUUCAGGGGCACUAUGAUACACAUCCUGCAAAGAGCGUUUUGAAAGACUGCUGGGAACACAAUGAGUCUCAUCUCAUGAGCUUUGGAUGGAUUGGUGAUGCUAAAGCAGCAACUGUUGGAUUAUGUCAAAUACAGUAUAGUUCUACGGUUUAAUUAUUCUCAUCAAUUCCUCCCUGGUUAUUCCCCUGGAAAUGAGCAAGUGGAUAUUCUGGCCAAACAAGCACUCGAGAUAUCACAUGUAGACCUACAGGUUCCUCUGAGCAAAGCUGAAGUAAAAUCCUUCUUCAGGAUAUAUGCACAAAAUACAUGGUAGGAGCAUUGGGGCAUGAGUGAAACAGGUAGACAUUUGUACAAUAUACAAAGAAUCGUUGGCGAUGGGAGGAAUGAGGGCUUCAAACGUAGGGAUGAAAGUAUAACCACUCGUCUCAGAAUCGGUCAUACAGGUCUGAAUUAUUCACUGCAUAAAAUAGGCAAGCAUCCAACUGGGAAAUGCCAAUCCUGUUACCAGCCAGAAACUGUUGCGCAUGUAUCAGUUAAUUGUAAUGAGUACAAUGCCCAGAGAGACCACCUUUUUCAGACACUAAGCAAGGCAGAACACAUUUCGUUAUCAGGGCUUCUGGGGAAAACAAACAUUUUUUAUUAUAUUUUUUUAUUUAUUUCCUUUUUAUUUAGUGCAAUAUUUCUCGUUCACACUCCAGUCCAGUUGGUGGCGGUAAAGUACCUACAAGUUGGUUUUCAACCGCCAAUAAACCCUAAAGAAGAAGAAGAAGAAAACCAACAUGUCAGCCUCCUUGUGUUUCACGAGUGUUUUCUAGCGUUAGCAGGAACAUUCUGGUGUGUUCAACUUUCGUAUGUCUGGUUAGCUAUAAGGCGGAGCCGACUGGUACACAUUAUUGACGGCACAUCGAUUUGUUAGACUCAAUCAUAAAGGAUAAGCUAAAAGCAAUGGCUGAAGGCGGGGACAACCGAAGACAUCCCCACAACCUCCAGGGGGUUUUGCGGUUGGCUGUGGAGGCUGGCGCUGCGGGGGACGGACAAGCACCUAGCGUCCCCAUGUCAGAGGAGAGGAAGGAAUGGUUGAGGGGGGCGCUGGCUGAGAUUUCCAAGGGACAGCUGAAUGAAGUGGAGCAGAUGAAGCGUUGCCUGGCUGUCCUGCAGAAAGACGGAAUGAACACAAAGGAGUGCGAAGGAGAGGAGGGGCAGAGGGAUGAGGAGGAAGAGGACGAGAGGGAGACGGCCCUUGAGAUUCUGUCUGAGUUUUGUGAGAAUCUAGACAAUGCCAGAGACCUGAUGGUCCUAGGGGGCCUUCAACUGUGCGUCUCCCACUGUGUGGGUCAUGUGCAGAGCGGUGUGAGGUGGCGUGCUGCCCAGCUGCUCGCGACCUGCGCCCAGAACAUGCCGGAAGUUCAGUUGCACCUGCUCGCCAUCGACGCCCUCCCGAAGCUCCUUCGGCUGACCGACUCAGACCCCCAUCCCACAGUCCGAGUAAAAGCCCUUUACGCCGUUUCAUGUCUGGUCAGAGAGCAGGAGGCGGGCCUCCGGGCGUUUGUCUCUCAGGACGGCUUCUCUGUGCUGAUGCGAGGCAUGCAGUCUGAAGACGAGAGGCUGAGGACCAAGUCUGCCUUCCUGCUGCUCAACCUUCUGUCGGCCCACCCGGAACAGAAAGGUACAGUUCUGUCCAUGGGCAUGGCUGAACAGCUGGUGUCAGUGCUCCGGUCGCCACAUUCCUCUUUCCACGAACACGUGCUUGGAGCCCUCUGCUGUCUGGUGGAGGACUGUCCCCAGGGGCUGAAGGACUGCAGGAGCUCCUAUCUGGGUCUGGAUGAGCUACUCAAGCACAGAGCCAGGGACCUCCAGGGAAGAGAAGAGUGCCAGGAAGAACUGGAUUUCUGCAAGCAAUUACGGGCCACAUGUUUCCAAGGGCAACAGACUGACGACAAUGGAAUGGAUCGCUGAACCCUCGGUGGCUUGUUAUUCCGGUCACAGAGUUUCGACGUCCGCAAAGACGAGAGAGACUCAUUCAGGUUUUCUUCCACUGUGGAUGCCUUUAUGGAAUGCUAAUGAGGGUGGCUUGUGUCUUUGACAUAUGUAUAAACCUAUUGAGCUUGUGCUAAGUUUGGCCCUUAACUUUGCAAAUACAGAGUCAAAUGUCUGUUGAUGUAGAAUUUAAAGUAACUUCUUGUUUCCAGUUUCUUGAUAUCUUGUUAUAUUUUCCCCAUGUUCAGUUUGUGUCAACAUAUUUGUCAAUCAAAAUUCCCACUUGAGUCACUCAUAACAUGAUAUCCGUAACAAGUUAAUGCAAUGAGUUAAGUUUACAAAUGACUAGUUAUGUUUAUGUUUAAAUAAACGAGUACCCUUUUAA